UUUUAUUUUAGCAUUUCUAGACCGGUAGACUCAUUCUUGCAUUGUAGUACACUAUAUGGAGCUAAUGAUAAAUAUCCCGUCCAAACCAAGAAGAGCUACUAAUGGCCUCUUUGAGAACUUACAAAUUUUGAAAGGAGAUUAUUUGUAUACCAAAUACUGCGGCUAUUACUUGGAGCAAACACAUCCUAUGGUUGCACUGAUCACAACCAGAGCCUUAAUAAUGACCACUUCGAGUAUACUUCUGACAGAAAUUGACCAGUUCCUUUCAUAGAGGGUGGAACCAAUCAUGUUAAGUGGUUGGUUGGAUUCUGACUUGUAGACCAACUGGAUGGUUCCUAUUUGAAGUUAUCAACUCACCAAAACAAACAAGCCUCAUUUGAACGAUAUACAAUACAUGUGAGAAUCUUUUUAGAGCUGUGAAUGGCAACCUUUGGCUUUUCUACUCGGAUCAGUUGAUAUGUUCACGUACUGGUUUUAUACAUCGGAUAUCAAUGCGUUCGGCACCUAUACCCUAUCGCUUCCUAACCUUCUAUACCAACCAUUUCUUGGAACCACACAAUUUUUUUUUCC